AUAAUUAUAAAAUAUUCUUAUAUAAACAAGUCUUCUACUCUUAGCCACCUUCGCUUUUCCUCAUUUGGCACUUUUCCUCUCAUCUUUCAUCCUCUUGCUUCCUCUUAUAUACUACCUCCCAACAUCAAUCAUCAAUCACCAACCCUAACCCUUUUCUCUCUUUCCAUUUCCCUACAGAAAAAGCCAAUCCAAAGAUCACGAAAAACAUCAAAGAAAAAUUAAGAAAAGAAGCAUAGUUUGAGAAAUCAUGAGGAGCCCAAGUUUAUCAGGUGCAUCAACGACAAGCAAAACACCAUGUUGCAGCAAAGUUGGGAUAAAGAGAGGGCCAUGGACGCCGGAAGAAGAUGAGCUCUUAGCCAACUACAUCAAAAGAGAAGGCGAAGGAAGGUGGCGGACGUUGCCUAAGCGAGCUGGCUUGCUCAGAUGUGGUAAGAGUUGUCGUCUCCGGUGGAUGAAUUAUCUCCGACCAUCAGUUAAACGAGGCCGUAUCGCUCCUGAUGAAGAAGAUCUCAUUCUUCGGCUUCACCGCUUGCUUGGAAACAGGUGGUCUUUGAUAGCAGGGAGGAUCCCAGGACGAACAGAUAAUGAAAUAAAGAACUACUGGAACACCCAUUUAAGCAAGAAGCUAAUCAGCCAAGGAAUAGAUCCAAGAACCCAUAAACCAUUGAACCUUGUUAGCCAUAGUUCAUCACAAGUUAACCAUGAUCCUGUCCCAAAACCAAACCCUAUCCCCCCAAACUUUAAUUCUUCUCAAUUAGGAGAAAAUACUAUUGCCAUGACUGCUAAAACCACUACCCAAGAUUUUACGCCAACUAACCUUGAAUAUCAUCAGCAAUAUGAUCAAAACCAACAGGUUGUUGCUAGUAUGGCGAAUUGGCGUAAUCCUGAUGGUGCUACUCUUAUCGUAGGGCAACCAAGCAGCCUUGGAAAUGGAGGAGAUUAUAUAGAAAAUUGCAAUGAAGAUGUUUUCUCUUCAUUUCUGGAUUCUUUGAUUAAUGACAACUUGUUUGUCAAUCAGCAGCAAGAACAGCAGCAACCUAAUAAUGUGGUAGCAGCAGAAGCAUCUACUCAGAACUUUACUCAUGGCAACAUUUGGGAAGCUGAGAUCAUGUCUUCGAUGGUUGCCUUUGGGAACGAGCAAAACCCUUUCAUUAAUCACCAUCAGCAUCAGCCUUAGCAAAGCUGCAAAUUUAUAUCUAGAUGCAUAUUGAAAUUAAAUGGUUGUGAUUUUACCUAUCAUUUUAAAGGGAAAAAAAAAGAAAUGAUAGGAACGUUUUAUUAUAGUUUUAUGCUUGUGAUGCUAUUUUUUUUAUUUAAUAUCUUUGGUUGUGUUAAUGUUAUGCAUUGAACUCUUUGUUGUAAGAAAACAUUAUUUUGGUACUGUUUUUAGAGUCUCAAAAUGUAUCAGUCUUCAGCUCUAAUUCUGUAAUCUCCUAUAGGAAUUAGGAAAUUGAGCAAAAAAACGUGAUUUCUUUCUAAUCUCUGAAUUAUAUAUGAAUUUUUAACCUAUGCUUCCAAUAA